AUGUCGGCGAGUGACGAUCUCAUCUGGGAAAUUCUAAACGACCAAUUCUGCUCGUUCAAGCUGAAAACCGGCAAAGGCCAGGAUUUCUGCAAGAACGAGUACAACGUUACCGGCAUCUGCGAGCGCAAGUCUUGCCCUCUCGCCAACUCCAAAUACGCCACCGUUCGACGGGUCAACGGCCGAUUAUACCUUUACAUGAAGACUGCUGAGCGAGUGCACACCCCCAAUAAGUGGUGGGAGCGGAUCCGACUGUCCAAAAACUACAAGCGGGCCCUGGAGCAGAUUGACGAGCAUCUCAUUUACUGGAAUGAGUUCCUGGUUGACAAGUGCAAGCAGCGUCUGACUCGUCUCACCCAAGUGGCUGUUGCUGAGCGACGUAUUGCCAUGAAGGAGGAGGAUACCCAUUAUGUUGGUGUGGCUCCCAAGGUGAAGCGACGAGAGGCUACCCGAGAGCGAAAGGCUCUGGCUGCUGCCAAGGUGGAAAAGGCCAUUGAGAAGGAGCUGCUGGACCGUCUCAAGAGCGGAGCAUACGGCGAGAACCCUCUCAACGUGGACGAAAAGGUGUGGAAGAAGGUGCUCGAGGGCGUCGAGGGAGCCAACAAGGAAGAUGAGGACGAAGAGGAAGAGGAAGAGGAGGACGAAGAGGAAGAGGGUGGAGAGGUUGAAUAUGUCGAGGAUGAGGAAGACGAUGACGAUCUUGUGGAGCUGGAGGACCUUGAAAAGUGGCUGGGUGGAAGCAGUGACGAGUCUGGAGACGAGACCGAUGCCUCUGAGGACGAGACUGAUACCGACUCCGAGGACGAGAAGCCUAAGAAGCGAAAGGCUGCUGCUGACGGUAAGAAGCCCAAGCCCAAGACCAAGAAGCGAAAGGGUCCCAGCGUGGAGGUCGAAUACGAGGAGGACAAUGGCGAGAAGGAAAAGCAAAUGGUGGACUGGUAG